CCUAAGUAUGAUUUACACCAUCUUCUUCUCUUUAAAUGCACACAAUUAGUUCCUGGUUUUACCCUCUCCACACAGCAACACUGACACAUUUUCCACCUCCACAAACCUUUCACUGACACAAGCACACGGGUAAUGUCUCACUAUAUAGACCCAGUCACCACUUCCUAGUUCGCACAUCCUUUCUCCAUAAUUAAGAAAACACUGUCCUUUUUCUGUCCUUUUUCUCACUGUCUUCCCACACAUGGGUCGCCAUUCCUGUUGUUUAAAGCAAAAACUAAGGAAAGGUUUAUGGUCCCCCGAAGAAGAUGAGAAGCUCUUCAAUUACAUAACCCGAUUUGGCGUUGGCUGCUGGAGUUCGGUUCCCAAACAAGCUGGACUGCAAAGGUGUGGAAAGAGUUGCAGAUUGAGAUGGAUAAACUACUUGAGGCCGGAUUUGAAGAGAGGGAUGUUCUCUCAACAAGAGGAGGAUCUUAUAAUUAGCCUUCAUGAAGUUCUAGGAAAUAGGUGGGCUCAAAUUGCAGCUCAGUUACCAGGGAGAACUGAUAAUGAGAUUAAGAACUUUUGGAAUUCUUGUUUGAAGAAGAAGCUAAUGAAGCAAGGGAUUGACCCUGCUACACACAAGCCUCUUGUCAGUGCUGAAGAUAACAUAAUAAAGGAAGAGAAGGACACCAUAGAGACACCGUCUGUGUUGUUACCAGCGUCUCAAGGGAUUUUAGUCUCCUCACAGGAUUCACCGCUUCUAGUGAACAAUUCAAAUUACUAUGAUGGUUUGUUCAAUGUAACAGAAACUUCAAGGGAAGUUUUCGUGAGCAAAAAUGCAUUGGACCCUUUGUCCUCCUACUUUGAAUUCCAAAUGGGUUACGAUUCAAGUGUGAACCCAAUGAGACAGUUUGAUCAGAACCAGGUGGGAACCAAUUCAAGCUAUGGAUUCUCCUCAUUGCCGUGUCUGAAUAGCUCUGAUCACCACGGGAACGUGUCGGUGGCAGAGUUUUCAGACAACAACUCAGCUUCUAAAAUCAGUUCUUUGUUGAAGGAAAGUUCAAGCAAUAGCUCUGGCAUGAGUGUUUAUCCAGGGGCCGGCUGUCAAAUGAUGGAAAAUGCCGGCUUCUCAUCAUGGGAAUGUGACAAUAAAAUUGAUCCUUUGUUACAGUUUCAAGUCAAUGUGGUAAAAUCUCAAGAGUUCAAGACAAGUUCGUGGCAAGAAGGCCAAUUUCUGACUCAGAAUUCCAUAGAUUUCACUACCUAUCCGUUAAUGUCACUGUCGGAGGAUCUAACAGGAGCAAAUUUUAAUGUGUUCCAGCAUAUGUGAGCUGUAAAUUCUCCUGUUUCUUUUUUUUUUUUUUUUUUUAAUUUUGAGUUGAUUUUUUUUGUGUUCUUUAUCUCUCGUUGAAAAUUGAAACGACAAGAUAUAGAGCAAUAGAAAGAUGUUGAUAACAGCAGAUUUGUAGCAAAAGAUGAGAUGAUCCCUCUCCUCUCGGAUAUCUUUGUUUUUCCUGUUGAUGUAUCUGUUUUCAUCAGCAGAAGUUUGAAUGACGAUUAUUGCUGAUUAAUAUGAGUGAAUCUAAUUAUUUUUAUGAUCCUAA